AUGUUUCCUCUCUAUCAUCCCCGGGCACCGUUGCUGCACGAUGGCCCAGCAUUCGAGACUCAUGAACAACGCCGCACAGCGGAGAACUUCGACAGCGGGGCUAGGCAGCAUCUUGUUGCUAUGUCGCUGGUGCUGAAGCCCAAGAAACAGAGGCGCCGACAGAGAGGUCGUAGGGGAAAAGGCUCUGUGACUGUCAACAAUCUCCCUCCGGGAAGGGCUCCGGCAGGAUUGAACCAUCUUCACUCCCCGGACAGGCGCACACAGACAACACAGUGGCUCAACCAGGUGUCAAACACCGAAUCUCCCAGCUCAAGUGGUGUUACGGCUUCGUUAAUCCGUCUUCCUCAGCCGUCAACAGUCCCUAUCCCUCACCAACAAGACCAUUUCCUUCCAUUAUCAUCAUCCUCUCUUGACGGAGAAUCAGAAGAAUUCCCAGCACCUGACCUAGAGUUUCCAGUCCGUAUGAUCGCAUCUUCAAUCCCGGAGCAGUAUUCAGAUUCGUCAAGGCUGUUAGGAUACAUUCAAUCGACACGGCAAGAGAGUACCCACCAAGCAGGAGACCACCAAACCUCCCCAAUCAUGGCGUCACGAAAACUUCUCCAUAGUCGUCAAGACUCUGCUGACUCCAGUCAACUUGAUCUUGGGCAAACGGAUGACCAUGAGCUCCAUAAUUUGAAUCAACUUGCUUCCUCCAGAGUCGGCCUACUUGAUUUAUACCUGAAGACAAGCUCCAAAAACAAAGGUACACGCGCCCAGAAACAAUGUUUGUCAGAGAGUGCGGCUGGUGUCAGUAUCGGAGUAGCGAGUAGCGCCAGCCAAGGUCUAGUUUCGGGGCGCUUUUCCACCUUUCGACAACCCAGCAGCAAUGUCCUCGAAGCCUACAAAGAUCAUUCGGCUUCCAAGAUGCUAGGAGCUCAGAAGUAUGUUGAUAAUACGUUCGAUUCACCUAUCGAUUUGAAGGUAGCAACGUCGCGACCCCAUACGGCUGACUCGCCAGAAUCUACGUCGCGUCCGUCUUCUAUGCGCCAGACUAUCAGUGCCUGUCAUGAUGAUACUCUUCCGUAUCCCUCGACACCCACACGCGUUAAGAGGUAUAACUACAGUGAAUCGUACCUCAGCCCUGUUCCGGAACGAGGAGAUAGCGAAUUUCGACUGAGUGCAACUGGUCAAUACAAACCAUCGGCGCGUCUAUCUCGGUUCGACCAGUCUAAUGACAACGAUGUUGGCUGCUACAAAGAUAACCUAUUAACACCUACGCGCCUGGGCAGACAGAAGUACAGUGAGGCAAAGUCGGAUCAAGGCUGGUAUGGAGCUGGCAAUAGACACAUUCAACAGAAUCCUCUGAGUUACUCGAGAAGCUCCAACAUCUCCUACUCGAGCCCACAUGUUCCAUCCCGCAGCUUCAUUGCAGAAAGUCCAUUUCAAAGACGGGACGAUAACCUUCUUGGCGAUCGAACAGUCUGGCCUACAAAACCAUCCAGUCAGGGCUCCUCUUACGACAUGCCUAGAACAGGUUCUCUCAGUCACGAGUCGGUGUCCGAGGAAUCAUGCCCCCCUGCAUCAUCUCUGCACUUGUACGGCGCAAACUUCGAUCAAACAUACAAUCGUUCUCCGUAUGAGUCAUUGCGGGUCCAGCAAGAGCGAUUCAAGCGCGCCGAGUCUCGCCGAAUCUCGUCUGGCUUGCAGUUUCCAAUGUCUGGGUCCCAGCAAGGACAUAUCUCGGAACUCCCGCCCCAAGCCAUUGCUGUGUUGUCAUCACAGAUUUCUGGAGUUUCUUCGUUCUCGAAUUCAAGAGUGCCCCCAGAACUGCUGUCUAGUCAGCGCCGAGCGACAAAUGUGCACAAAAGUACCUCCUCAAGCAAUGGCAGUAGUGGGCUUUCCGCUGAGGAGAAGAGACGCAUCUUCAAAGAAGAAGUCAAUGCCUUGCUGAAGAGUGCUGAAAACGACCUCAAAAGCACCAAGCUAUCAGCUAAAGUGGAAAGGCUCCGGGUGGAGUCUCCAAUAGUCAAAGCACCCAGUACUGGCGAAAAUCAAACAAGUGCUCAUCACGCCGCCGGUGAGCCAAUCAUUAAACCGUCAGCCAAUACUGGAACACAGAAAGCCGCCCCGGAAGAGGUCGAGACUACUUCUUGGGGUCUUCUAGAAAGAGCAGCGUCAAACCUCGAGAAAGGAACUACAGCUUCCGGGCGACCGUCAAUACCCAGAUACCGACCGCAAAACAUCUACCAAGCGCGGCGCUUCGCGGGCUGGGGUGACCUUUUCAACACAGGAUCGUCUUUCACCGACACUGAACCAUUUCCGAACACAGUGUCCGCAGAAAGGGCACGGAAUGUAUUUGGCGGAAUCACUUCAAUUGACCUUAAAAAGCAAGCUUCAGCCUAUAUUCAGAACCAGAUAUUGAUGUCUGGCAAUGGAUCGCAAAGCGCUACUAAGGACGCCCUCUGGCAACGUGUGGUAUCGUCGGAGUUGAGCAAAAACAAGCCUUUAAAGCCCCCUCCUGGUCUUCCUCAGCCCCCGAGUCAGUUGGCGAACCGCCCUACAUGGUAUCUUGACAGUCUGAUUCAGAACCAGGCCAGGCUGGAAGAGUCCAACGCUUGGUUCCAACGAGAUGGUCGAGGCGAUGAGGCCCUCCGCGCGCAGGUUUCAUUGUUUGCUCAAGACUACGGUGAACAACUCAAGGAAAGAGGUCUUCCGACAAAGGACUGUGAAUCUGCACAAGAGAUGAGUGAGCUCAUUGGUAAUGCGCUCGUCAACUUGUCUUCCUAUGUGAUAGGAGGUCGGGAGCAGCAGGCCGGCAACUUUGCAAACUUCACGCCAGCACCGUCUGACUGUUCUUCACCAAGAUCCGAUAUGCGUCGUACCUUUUUCGAUCUGGACCCGUUCACAGAAUGCGAGGCACCUCUCGAUCGGAACUACUUGAGCUCCCCUGGCAUCAACCAUGUUGCGAGGCGUAGAACCUCUUCGGCGAUCAAUCCUUUCAUUGUCCUUGAGGAUGACUCUGACAUCGAAUCUGACUGGUAAUUUGUCGCGAUCGUUCCUGACUCUCACUAGAACGAGGCUACUUGUAGAGUGGUUCUGCAUCUGGCGCUAUCACGACGUUCUGCCAUUUCUUAUUGCAGACUCGAUACUCGCUGGCUUACGAAAUUCUUCUCAGGUGGGCAUUAGGUUGCUAUGCGCUAGUGUUUGCUUUGUAUGGUGGUAGAUCAUUGUUACAUAUCUUACAAGCUCUGCAAGGUAGAUCAGAGAUCAUUAUGAGAAU